GCUUGGCAAGUCAUAACCUCCCAUGGGGUAUUCUUCUGCAUCUAGAAAAGGAAAGAGACGAAGGGAUAAGUUGGUGCUCCGACGAAACUUCAUCAUACACUGGCAACUCCGUAGAAGAUGUCCAGAUGGACUCUAGCACUGAGACUUAGGCGCAUCACCGUCGCUUUACCAAAAUUUUCGCACCAGGCGUCCCAUAGAAGAUUCUACAGUAGCAGUCCCCCGUUUGAGCCUUCGAUAGAACGCUAUACUGUUCCAUGCGCCUCUUCUGGUGAAAUUACCGUCAGUCUGUACAAUGUCGCUGACCGGCCGCCAACCGAUCCUUUAAUCAUCUGGAUCCCGCCCUUUGCUGCUCGGGACGAGACUGACCCGAACUAUCAACUCCCAUCAUGGCUUCACACAUACUCGGCCGCUGUCAUUCACUAUAGAUGGUCUGGCUUAUACGACGACAGACCACAGCCAAAACUCAAGCCAAAGAUUGAAGAGCCCGAUUUUGACGAUGAAGGAUAUCAAUCGAGCGAGACGCCUAAUAGCAAAGAAGAAGAGCGACUACCCAAGGAAGAGGAAGAAGAUAUCAGCAUAACUCCCCUUCACUGGCCCACCCCUAUCCACGACGUUCUCUUUGGCUACUCCUGGAUCAUUCAAAACCUCCAACCAAGAUACCCCAAACGCAAAGACGUCUACAUCUGCGGCUCCUACCUUGGCGCCAGUCUGGCCGCCGGGCUGGCUCUCACCGAGUCGUACCCACACGCGCGCAUGGCCGUACGCGGUCUCCUCGCCUACAACGGCAUCUACGACUGGACCACUUUCUUGCCUGACCACCCGAUCCACCGGCCCAAGGGCGACGACCGCAUCCUUAUCGAGGAGCAGCUGCACAAGCUGAACCGCGACCUCGACAAAGAUGCAGGACCGGCUGCCACCUCACCCAUCAUUGCCCAUUAUCAGCGUCGGCUCGAAGAUCUCUUUGGCUCGCCGUCGGGACUGUUUGACAGCUUUGCUAGCGCUUGUCUGUUUUUCCACACGGCGGGACUUUUUGUUCCGACGACUUUUGAUGAGAAGUAUGUUCCUGAAUGGCUUUUUCCGCCACCUCCAGGGCCAUUGAUUACCGGUGCCGGUACCGGCGCCAAUGGUGUCAGCAGCGGCGACAUCAACGUCCCCGCGGACGUCCCCAGCGAACCCCACGACCCAUUGACUUCCCCCUCUACUCCCCCUCCUCACCAACCUCCGGCUCCGUCGCCCCUCCCAGCCAGCCAAAACCCCACCGACGACCUCGAUCCCGACAACUCGGAGCACUCGGAGCACUACCGUAUGCACAUGUCGAUGAUCAACGACGCCGAAGGCGAGCCGGACGAGGUAGCGGCCGAAGACAUGCUCCAACAAACUCUCAAGGUAGAGAUUCUACCUGGCAAGUUCCCACGUAAGAGCUAUGUGCAUUUCCCGCCGAGGCACUCCAUGCUUAAGCUGCCGGAUACGUUAUUGUUGUAUGAGACGCCGUCGGCGGAGUUGCCGUUCAAGUGUGAUGCUUUGGCGAAGAUUGGGUCGUCGGAGGGGGGGAAGGAUGAUGGGGUUGUUGAUGCCGCGGCCCGGAACAGAAAUCAAAAGGGACUUAGUGGUGUUCAGAAGCAGAAGCAGAAGAAGAUAAAGGGGGAGGAAGAAGAAGAAGAAGAAGAAGGCCAGGGAGAGAAAUACGAAGAGGGCGACUCAGCACAAGGCGAAGCAGAGGAAAAGAAGAAACCCCGCCCUCGUCUCAAAACGCGAAAACACCGCAAACCCCCGGUCGCCAUCACCGCUGGCGAGAACAGCUUCCGCACGCAAGCGUACGAACUGGCGCUGCUGAUGCAGCGGAGCAUUGAGAUGUUGGAACUCAAAGAGCGGCGGAAGUGGGACGAGGAUUACUUGAUCGACCUCCACCACUGGGAGCUGGAGGCGGCGAGGAGGGUCAAGGUGGCGGACGUGGGCGUGGUGGACGAUCAGGACAUGGCGAUUGGCGAUUUGGAAGGUGUUGGGGAUCUGGAUGAGAGGGGAAGGGAGAUUGUGUUGGGAUGGUUGGAAGAGAAGAUGGAUAAGGCGCGUUGA